AUGUCGUGCGAUAGCUCUUCGUCCGACUCUAGUUCUUCAAGUUCAAGUUCGGACUCUGAUUCCUCGAGCGAUGGAGAAGUUAGGAAAUUCGAACUUUCUAAAGCUAAAUCUACGUGUUUAGCUGGCUGGGUUGUGUCCGGUUUAGGCGAAUCGAAAGCUAAGGCGGCUCGGGAAGCUUAUAGGCCUAAGCUAAAAAAGUGUCCAGGUUUGCUAGUCAAUCCCUCGCUGGACGAAGCCUUUUACAUUCGUCUUAGGUCAAUCAAAUCCUCGUCGGCGUCAAAAGCCAAUAUAGACCCGGUCGAGAAGAUUUAUCGUAACCAGACAUACAAGAUUUUGGACCUCGUCAAACCUUUGAUGUUCCUAGCGAGCCGGGUCCAAAAGAAGAAGAAGACGAAGGCAGACAGCAAGGCAAUCCGCACAGCUGUUAAGCUAUGGGCUGUUCUGUACCACGACGUUACCAGUGCACGCCGUCGGAACAUCCUUUCUCAGAUAUACCCUCAGAACGUCGGGCUCCUGGACGACAAAUCUAUUCUUCCUACCGGCGGAGAUCAUCUAUUUGGCCCCAAAUUCACACAGGCAUUGGUAGAACAGGUGAAAACGCUCAACGCACUCGAGAACGCCGGCGGCGGCCAACGCACGUCGGGACAAGGCAGCUCAAGUCAUUCUGGCCGGAACUUCGAUCAUCCUCCACGUUCAGCGUCUUCAGGAGGCAGCCACCGGAACAACAGCUUUAAUCGUGGCAACAGGAGCAAUUUUAGCCGCAGGCCCAAUUAUUUCAACAACAACAACAACAACGGAGGCAAUAGCAAGAAGGGCCGGGAUCACGCUAACAACAACAAUCCCGAAAAAUAAUGUUAAAUCUCGUUAAGAUGGCCAAAAUCCCUUUGUGCUACCAAGUUCUGACGAGUUCAGGUGUGAAAUACGCCCACUUCGGACCGUAUCCCACCUUUCCCCUCUUUUCUUUGUUUGCUUGGAUACACGCUAAAAUACAAGGUCACACACA